UGGGUUGUGUUACCUCCUCAUUAUCUCCUUUUUGUUAUUCCAAGACAUCGAUGUUGUCCGCCAGUGGCUCAAGAACUUGGACCCAUCUCUUGGUAAACCCUUGCCAGAGCGAGAGUAUGCGGUUGAUUGUCGGUUGUAUACCCCAGAGCUCCCGUGCAAAUGGAAUAACUUUAAAAACGUCUUAUUUGACGAGUUUGUUUUCUUCCAUUUCAUCGGGUGGUGGGCUCGUGCCAUGGUCUGUCGUGAUGUCGGAUUAACUUGGUUCAAUUCAAUUCUCUUUGAGUUCAUGGAACUUACUUUCCAACAUAUACUCCCUAACUUCCAAGAGUGUUGGUGGGAUCAUAUCAUUCUAGAUGUAUUUGGAUGCAAUUGGAUUGGUAUUUGGUUGGCUUCUAAAACGUUACGUUACUUCGAGUUAAAAGAGUACAAUUUUUCUGGCGUCUCCGAAAUGAAAAAUGCAAAAGGCAAAGUGUAUCGUGUUAUUGGCCAGUUUACUCCAAAAAGUUGGACAAGGUUUCACUGGGGGAUGUUCACACAUUGGAAGCGGUUCAUCUAUGUUUCUAUCUUGAUUCUUUUCUUCCAGCUUUUGGACUUAAAUUCGUUCUUCCUCAAAGCUGAACUCUGGUUGAAGCCGUCUCAUUACUUAAAUUAUCUACGUGUUGCCAUAUUAGCUCUUCAGGCCCCUCUUGUAUUCAGACAGUGUUAUCAGUACAUCAUUGACAAGAACACAAAAGACAUUGGUUCUGGUACAUGGAUUCUUGGCCUCACUUUAUUACUUGAGAGUGUUUUGUGCUUCAAGUGGGGAUAUCCCAUGUAUAAAGACAUUCCAACACCUCCUCUUGUGAAGUGGGGUUGGAUCAUUGCCAUCUCUUCCGUUGUCAUCGGUGCGACCGUGUUUUUCAUAUACAAAGAGCAUCACUAUGCCGUUGUGAGAUCGAAAACCCCUCAAAUCGAAAAAGAUGACUGA